CACACACACACAUACACUUUAUAUCUUUCUAUUUUCUCUAUUAACUCUCGCUUUCUCUUUCUCUCUCCAUCUCACAUACUCUGCCUUUUUACACACUCUCUUCCUCUCUCAGUUUGUUACUUACGCAUCUUCUGCUCUUUCACACUUUCUCUCUCUUUCAUACUCUCUUUGUCUUCCUUUCUCCCUCUCACGCUCUCUUUCUUUCCUCUCUUCCUUUCUUUGUCUCACACACACACACAUACACACACUCUUUCUCUCUCUCUCACCUUCGUUCAUCAGUCUUACACUUUCUCUUUGCCCCUCCCCUCCUUCCGUGGUUCACUCGGUCGCUGUUGGUGUUUGCCACUGCAAUCCCGGCAUGCUCGGCUCGUGUAUGUGUGUAUGUUGUACCAUGUCGUAGCCUCUGUCGCCGUCGCCGCCGCCGACAUCACUCCCAUGUUGUUGAAGUGCCACUCACCAAGCGGCUUGACGGACGGCGCACCGACUUCAACACCAUUAAAAAAAACACACAUAUAACGUAUUCAUUGAACAGACAAACAGACCUUAAACCGCUCAUCAAGAAAUUAUAACACAAAUGCUUUUUUAAACGGAUUUUUUCAAUCAUCGUUUCACUGCGCCUUUUUUCCCCUUUGGGAGGAACUCGUUUCCUCCAAUUUUGUACUUUUCUUUCUUGGUGAAGAUCUAUCCUUUAUCUUGCCUCAUGAAAUGCAGUCCUCACGAUCAAGACAUGUCGAAGGAUGCAGUAUUUCAGAUGUGUCCAACCCAUACCAGCACAACUCCGAUAAACCGUGUUGUUUUGAGAAAUCUGUAAAACUGAAGUUGGAGGGCGUAAACUUCGCACCAAACGGUAUGCCUGUGCAACCCAUACCGGCUCCCUUGGACAGGGAGCAUGGGAUUGCAUUUGGUUCAAGUAACAGGAAAAUCCUUCCAGAUAGGCGACAUACGCCGUACAACAACAUGGGUCAACCGGAAUAUCGGAUAUACGACUUAAACAAAAGAUUGCAGCAACGGACAGAGGAAAGUGAUAAUCUUUGGUGGGAUGCCUUUGCAACAGAAUUCUUUGAAGAUGAUGCAACAUUAACUUUAACAUUCUGUUUAGAAGAUGGUCUAAAACGAUACACAAUUGGACGGACUUUAAUACCUCGCUAUUUUCGCAGUAUAUUUGAAGGUGGCAUAACAGAUCUCUACUACUUACUAAAACAUCCCAAAGAAUCAUUCCAUAAUACAACCAUUUCACUAGACUGUGACCAGGCUAUGAUGAUCACCCAUCAUGGCAAACCCAUGUUUACUAAGGUAGUCACUGAAGGAAGAUUGAUUUUAGAAUUUACAUUUGAUGACCUCAUGAGAAUUCGAUCAUGGCAUUUUGCUACCAGACAACAUCGAGAAUUAAUUCCAAGAAGUGUAAUAGCAAUGCAGCAAGAUCCUGCUAUGGUUGAACAAUUAAGUAAAAAUAUUACUAGACAGGGUCUGACAAAUUAUACACUUAACUUUUUACGGCUGUGUGUGAUUCUUGAACCAAUGCAGGAGUUGAUGUCCCGUCACAAAGCCUACGGACUGAAUCCACGCGACUGCCUGAAGACGACACUGUUCCAGAAGUGGCAGAGGAUGGUGGCGCCCCCAGGUAAAGGCAAGAUACCAACUUUUGUUUCUUUUCACCACAACCAUCAUCGUAAGUAUAGCCGGCCAACACUGCUCCAGCUGGCUGUGUACAGGACUGCGAAUACUAAUGGCAAUGCACAUUCUCUUCCAGGUGGGGGGGAGCAAAAAAAGAUGAGUGGUGGUCCCCAGGUCAUUCCUGAUCCAGCAGCACCGGGGGAUGUUAUGGUUGUCGGUGAACCAACCCUGAUGGGUGGGGAGUUUGGGGAUGAAGAUGAACGUCUCAUCACUCGUUUAGAGAACACUCAAUAUGAACCAAAUGGUACAGAGGAAGAGCAAGAGUCCAAAUUUCAGACUUCUCCAGCGCCAUUGCAGCAGAGCCCAUGGGCUCAGGAUAAAAAGCCUCCUCCAAACCCUGCCAAUCAAACAGAGGAGAAGACUGACUAACAUCAGACAGACACACACACACACACACACACACACACACACCCAUACAGACAGAAAAACAAGAUAAUAGACACACACACACACUUGGACGUAAACAUACACACACAGAGACAUGAACAUUAUAAUAUAUAUAUAUGUAUAAUAUAUAUAUACAUAAUACAAUACAAAAACUGAUGUGCAGCGUAUGUGACAAUGAGUGUCAGAUGGUUUGGCUGCUUGCUCCUCCUCCUCUUCCUACUUCUCAUCCUCCUCCUCCUCCUCCGACAUCAUCAUCAUCGUCGUCGUCAUUCACACACUCACACACACAUAUAUAUAUAUAUGUAUGUAUGUAUAUACAUACAUACACACACACAUACAUGUACACAAAAAUACAUAAACACGCCCACACACACACAAUUCCAUAUUGUCAUUGGCAACAUUAUAUUUUCCUGGACAAAUGUGAGUGUUGGUGCCUCUUUGUCGGCAAAUAUGUUUACUACCAUUACUACUACUACUACUAUAUUACUAUUAACUACUACCACCACCACUAUUUUAUCAUCACCAACACGACCAUCACUGCUACUACUACUACUACUACUACUAUUAUUACUACUUUUCCUAUUGGUCACUUUGUAUAAAAGCUGCCACUACACAGUCUCUCUCUCUUUUUCUGUUGAUUUGAAGAGAAAGAAAAAGAAAAGGGAAAAAAAAAAAAGAAAAUGAAAUUCGAUAAAGAUAAAAUCUUGCAGUAAUAAUUUCCAAAGAGAAAAAUAAGUAUUUAAAAAUUUUUUUUUUAAAUUAGAAACAUAAAUACAAAAAGAAAAAAACAACUGCAAUAAUAACAACAGCAAACAACAAUAAUAAUAAUAAUAACAUCAACAACAACAAUGACAGAAUGAGAUGGAAAAGAGAAAGAGGGAGAAGAGAAGGGACGGGUGAUGGAGAGAGAAAGAUUUUUAAACAAAAGCCCGUUUGAUAGUUCGGCUCUUAUAAAUUAUAAUAGUAAUAAUUAUAGCCGCUUUUAUAUAUAUUUGUGUGUACGUGUGCAUAUAUCUUACAUAAUGUAUAUAUAUAUACAUAUAUAUAUAUAUAUAUAAAUACACACAUGCACAAAUAUAUAAUAUAGCGUCUAUAUAUAUAUAUUAUAUAAAGUUUAUCAAUUUUUACUUCAUUCAUCUUCAUCCCCCCCUCACACCCUAGUGGGUGCAUGUAUGGCUCACUCUAUCCCUAAAGUAAUCCCUACCACCACAAUCUCCCCUGCCUUAGUUUUUUUUUUAUGUUUUUGUUUUUUUUUAAUUUUUAUUUGUUUGUUUUUUAAAACUUAUAUUCCAAUUUUGUUGUCAUCUACUCUCUCUCUCUCUUUUU